CAGCCUGCACUCGCAAAUCACACAACCAUAUACUUCACAUACACAGCCACACACACACACACACACGAACUAGUAGAGCUAGCUCAGUGUUCGCAAGGCAGCUAAACCAAGAAGAAGGGUACGUGAUGGCGGAGAGGGUGUCUAGACUGUCGACGGAGAAGGCGGUGGUGAUCUUCACGACGAGCCAGUGCCCGAUGUGCCACACGGUGACGAGCCUCUUAAUCUCCGAGCUCGGCGUGUGCGCGGCGGUGCACGAGCUCGACAAGGACCCGCGCGGCCGCGACAUGGAGCGGGAGCUCGCCCGCUGCCUCGGCCGCGCGCCGCCCGUCCCCGCCGUCUUCAUCGGCGGCAGGCUCGUCGGCUCCACCGACAAGAUCAUGUCGCUGCACCUCGCCGGCAAGCUCGUGCCCAUGCUCAAGGCUGCCGGCGCCAUAUGGCUCUGAAUCCAUCCAUCCAUCCAAAUCACUCAGGCCUCGAACCCCCAAUUUUGAUGGGUUUAUAUACAUAAAUUUGCGGCUUGCAUGCAUGCAAUUAAUCGAACUAUAGAGUGUGCUCACAAAGUAUGGUUGAGAUAUUUUCCGGUGCGGGCCAAACCAAAUAUAUACAAAGUUUCCAAGAAGAAUAUAUGAGGAAAGUUUUGUAUUGCGGCUAGUAGUGUAACCCCUAGCUGGACUAGCUAGGGUGAGGAAUGGCUGUCCAAUCCAUGACAUCGAAUGUAAAUGGACAUGUGUAAAACCCUUGCCUUUCUGGUUUUUCAAAUGAGAUGUGAUUUCUGAAUUACCACAACCGAUAAUAUAUCACUGCUCAGAAGCAAUUUUUAGA